AUGGCUCAAGGCGAUGGCUGCCCGAACCGCCGGAGAUCGGGGACUUCCCCCCGGGCCAGGCCUCCUGCUGGCGUGGCCAGCCACUUUGGUGGCGCCGCGGCGGCCGCCGCCGCCGCCGUCGCCAGCGGCCGCUCGCCUUCUCAGACAUCCGACGAUGGGACAUCUGCUCGGUGCGAGGCCCCCGAGAUGACGGCGGCACGCGGCCGCUGCGGCGCGAUGCUGCCGCGGCUGCUGGAGGCCGUCAGCCGCGGUGGCCCGGGGCUGCCGCCGCUGCAAGCGGACGCCUGCCGCAGCACGGGGCCGGGCGCGGGGGCGCCCCGGCGCGCCGGGCCUCCUCCGCCGAGGGCGCCACGCGACCCCUGGAGCUCGCGGGGGCGCUGCCCGCGCUGUCGCUGGCCUCGUCGCGCCAUCCGCGCAGCGAGGGCGCCGCCGCCCCACCGACGGCGAACGACGGUUGCGCAGCGGCCGCUCGGACCGCCCGCGCCGCCUGGCGAGGGGCAGGCCAUGGUCAGCUGGGGGCCUCCGGCGGUGCGAGGCGCGCAGCGAUUUUACGCCGCGGCACACACCACAUUCGAAACGAAGGCACUUACACGCGACCUUACUCGGGAUGUUUUCGCGUGA